AGUGCACAUCUGCCCGACAAUGCAGCAAACAAUCCGACAGAUGGCCUGCAACUUUACUAUAUAAACUCCAAAUUUGCGGAGGGCGACUACAUGCAUUAUAAGUCUGGCCCGAUGACCGGGACGGCCACGGCCUUCACAGCGGCAGUCGCCUUCAAGCUUGCCAAUCCAGAGCCAAUCGCACGUAAUAUGAAGGAGGCAAUACUAGGUGGAUUAGAAAAAGCCUGUCUUUUGGUGUCAGAAGGGUUCAAAGAGCAUACUGGUGGCCAACCUUUCAAAUACCCGCAGCUGUCUAGCGAAAUCACUCUCGCUGAAUUCAACCCACCAGAAGCGCCUGUGCUCAUACCGUCAGGAGAGAGUGAUUUUAGCAUUUUAACUCAUAGAUACCAGACGACAGAGGCACGUCUUGCGAAAGCUAAACUCAUUGUUACAGAAGGCCCAGAGGUCGCACUCUCUGAUGUGCCCACGGCUGAAUUUGGGAAGCUGUUGACUGUCGACCGGGAGGAAAUGGAAAAGUUCCGGGCGAUUGCUAACCUGGUUAGUGAGUACAUGGAAAAGCAGCAGACCAAACCUCUAUCGAUCGGUGUCUUUGGACGUCCAGGCUCAGGAAAAUCGUUUGGUGUUGAAGAGGUUAUCAACGCAGUGGCUCAGCAUCAGGGUAAAGGAGUGCAGAAGUUGAAGUUCAACCUGUCCCAGUUCAUUGAGUACUCCGACCUGUUGGCCGCUUUCCAGAAGGUUCGCGAUCAAACCUUCUCGAACAAAAUGCCUGUGGUCAUGUUCGACGAGUUUGACUGUUCAUUUGCCGGCAAGCCACUCGGAUGGCUCCAAUACUUCCUCGCCCCCAUGCAGGAUGGUCAAUACCUUCAACACGGAGAUCUUCGACCUCUAGGGUCAGCCAUCUUUAUCUUUGUCGGAGGUACAUCUUCAACAUAUGAUGAUUUCUGUGCGACCCUUGGUGACCGGGAAGCUGUGGCCGCGAAGAAGCCCGAUUUCGCGAGCCGCCUGCGUGGCUCAGUUGAUAUUUGGGGCCCGGAUAUGCUCAGCUCUAGAAACAGUGGCGACAAAACAUACAGCAUUCGACGCGCGAUAAUUCUUCGUUCCCUGCUUGAAAAACAUAAAUUGUUGACGAAAACCGCGACAGGCUAUAAAUUCAAGGUGACAGAUUCUGUCCUCAAUGCACUGCUGUGUGUUAGUAGAUUCAGUCACGGCACCCGCUCUCUCGAAGGCAUCAUUCAAGCGAGCCAGAUAAUCCGUGGAGAGGAAUUCACCGCCGCUGCGCUUCCGUCGGACGAUCGCCUGGGCUUACAAGUCAACACAACGGAAUUUGCGGAAUGGCUGAACGGCUGGCGGGCGGGGAACGAGGGCAUCAGACAGCUUAUCAGAAACACAAUCCGAGAUGAAAUAAAGAAGGACUCAAUGCAAGGAACCGACGGUGUGACCGGAUUGUCACUAAGCUUGUUGGAACAGAUCGCAUUGAGCGAGGUUUUUUCAGAGCAUUUCUCGCUUUUCUUGGACGACGGCAAAGCCCAGGAACUUGGAGGAAGGGUCAGAGACCUCACACGAGACAGACCUGCCAUAGCAAAGGGUGUGUAUGACUCUUUGACAGUUAUAAAGUCCAAGCGUGGUUCCGUCUCCCAGAUGCUGCCUUGGCGGUUUAUCGUGGAUCAGUGCAGAGAACAGGACCCGCCGACAUCGAGCUGGUAUCACAAGGUCGCCGAUGCUAUCGUGCAAGCGCUAGCCCCCGCAGUUGAAGACGAGGACGAAGACGAAGACCGAGUCAUACCCCCCCGUCCCCAGCCUCAGCCAGAGGGGUCUGAUGAUGAUGAAGUUCACAUCCGGUACUUCGGAAUCCUCCCUGGCAGUGCGGAUGAUCCAUUCGCAACCUAUUAGUCAACUCCCAGCCAGGGAGAAAAGGAAGACCCGAGUCUUCUUCCAAAACCCAUGCCGAGCAAUACGAUUAACUGAUCCUUAUUCAACACUAUCAC